UAUUUCAGUGAUUCAUUACCCGUCCGUCGUCCGUCCGCGAUCGUCGUCGCCGUUGCGGUCUCGUCUCCGUCGCCGCUGUCUCCGCCGUCACCGCCGCCCCCGGCGCUUCGAGUACACUUACACGUUUCGGCCGCAGCAACAAAUCCGUCACCAGCCCUGCAGUGUAUUUUGGUAUCGCUGUGUACACUGGUGCGUGCAAUAAUCUCCAUUUAUAUUGUGAGGUUGAGGUCAUAGCACAUGAAUUUGGAUUGCUGAACUCCAGAACAAUACACACAUACACUUGCGCCUAGUCUAAGUUUUCCUAUGGUUACUAUCGUAAAAUCGUGAUGAUCGAGACUCCAUCGUCAUACAGGUUUUAAACGAUUUGUCAUUUGAGUUGGUUUAUGUCGGACGGUGAAAAAAGAUAAAAGGAUCCAAAAAAAGCAGCCAUGUUGAAACACGUGCACCGAGCGAAAUGUGCCGACACACUUAGCAUUGUGUCUACAGCAAGUUCUUUCAACCAUGAGCCAAUGUCUAGUAGAUGUUCAAGUGUAACUUCGUUAAACAUUUCAAAUCCAGUUGAUACAAUUAAAGUGUACACAAAGUGUUUGCGUUCCGAUCUCGAGUACAAAACUCUUGGACUGGCUUAUACAACGACUUGCAGUGAAGUGAUAUCUAUUCUACUCAACAAAUACCGAAUGCGUCACAGAGACCCAAAUUUGUUUUACAUGACCAUGGAAAUAAAUCUCAGGAAAAUCGGACUCAGAACUGUAUUCGUCCUGGACAACGAAUCAUGUCCUGCCGUGUUGCAGUCAUGUCACCCCAGAGGAGAAUCGAGGUUUUGCUUGCAAUCCAAAAAAGGUGGCCUUGUGAAAGUUUAUGAUGGCGAGUUGAUGCCAGGGUCAAAGUAUAAAAGUUUAUUGAUUUCUGAACGUACGACCGUCGAUGAAUUGAUAAAAAUACUACUCAACUGUUAUAAUAGCAAAGAGCAAGUCGAACAGUUUUCUUUGUAUGAGUUAUCGAAAUCCGAAGAAUACCAACGCAAACUCCACCACGACGACAUACCAUUGAACGUGCAAUGUUGUUGGCCUCUCAAUAGUGACUAUAUUUUCAUCAUCAAAAGGAAUCCAAAUUAUAAGUCGAAACAAGUGCAGACGAUUUGGACCGAAGAAAAAGAAUCUUCAACAAACGAAUACGAAAAUUUUAUUUACAUAUAAUAAGUUUUGAUGUAUCAAAUUCAUCAUGUAUAUACACAUCGUAAUUGUCACUAUAGUCUUGUUAUAUUAUAUUACUACUAAGCGACUGUUUUUAUACAACUGAUCUUAACGAUUUGCAAUUUUUUUCAUGCACUUUUACAGCUUAUAAGUUUUUAAGUAUAGAUGUAUGUACAAAAUAUCUAUUAUUUUUUUACUUAUAAAAUAAAUGUC